CACCUCCGCUUACACCUAACGAAGCUAAAUUUAUGGCCGAUAUAGCGGCACCGGGAAAGUUUCUUACCGUUACCAAGGAAGCAUAUGCCAAUGACGAUGAAGAUGUUCCAAUACAAUUUAAUGCAAUCAUUUUGUCGGAAACGGAGAUUUUGACCUGUGCACAUAAUGUGCACGGCGCCCCAUAUGUCUAUGUAAUAGUAAAUAAACUAUCAAGCAAUCUGACAAAAAUCAAAAUCACCGAAGACCAAAUAGAAAUUCAUGAGGAAUCGUCCGGAUUCGCAUUUGACAUUGCCAAGAUUACACUUGAAGAACCGUUGGAGUUCAACGAUAACGUCGGCAGCAUCGAUUUGGUGGACAAAGAUUACAAAUUGAAUGACCCUUCCGAAAUGAUCACUGUGUAUGGUGAUAUGGUAUUGGGUGGAACAUCGAGAACGAGACGUUAUGAUAUAAAGUAUUUGAAUGGCGCCAAAUGCAAAUCGAAAUAUGGCGACCUAUUUGAUGCAAAUCAUUUGAUGUGUUACACUUUAGAUGAAAGCAUGGGAACUCCUUCUACGUUUGGAGGUCCAAUGAUUUCGAAAAAGAAUAACAAACUCGUGGGCAUGACCAUAUUUGGUUUGCCUGAUAAGCCAGUUAUUUUUCAACCGAUUGCACCGUUGCUUGAUUGGAUCCGGAAGCCAAAGAUGAGACAUAGCUUUUUCUCGAAAGCUCUUCUCAAGGGUGAAGUGAUUGAAAACAUGUCGCAUGCAAAGUUCAUUGCUGCAAUCCAUGCCCCCGCAAAAUUCAGCGAUACCGUUGGCAGAAUCGAUCUAGUGGACAAGGAUUACAAAUUGAAUGACCCAUCAGAAGUAGUGAUUGUCUAUGGAUAUGGCAUGUUGUACAACAUCGGACCAAUGAUAUUGAGGCGUUGCGAUGCGAACUAUAUAUUUGAUGUUGAACGAGCCACCGCAAGUAACAUACGUCAAACAAUUCUCUUCACCACUGGUGAAGCGUCAAAAGAUGGCGAAAUUAUUACAGCGGGCGAUUCGGGUGGACCAGUCGUUUCAAAAACAAAUGGCAAAAUCGUGGGCAUAACUACGGGUAUAAAUGGAACAACAGGUGGCCGCGGAAUGUUCCUUCCAAUUACUCCAUUCCUUGAUUUUAUUCAUGACCCAAAGAGCGUGAAACCACUUCCACCUUCGCUUACACCUAAUGAAGCCAAAUUUAUGGCCGAUAUAGCGGCACCGGCAAAAUUUCUUACCGCCACCAAAGAAGAUUUUGCCGAUGCUGACGAAGAUGUCCAACUAAAAUUUAAUGCAAUCAUUUUGUCGGAAACGGAGAUUUUAACUUGCGCACAUAAUGUGCACGGUGCCCCAUAUGUCUACGUAAUGGUUAAUACACUAUCAAGCAAUCCGACAAAAAUCAAAGUCACUAAAGACCAGAUAGAAAUUCAUCAGAAAUAUGCAUUGUCGGGAUUCGCAUUUGACGUUGCCAAGAUUACACUUGAAGAACCGUUGGAGUUCAAUGAUAACGUCGGCAGCAUCGAUUUGGUGGACAAAGAUUACAUAAUGAAUGACCCGUCCGAAAUGGUCACUGUCUAUGGUGAAAUGAUAUUGAGUGGAACAAUAAGAACGAGGCGUUAUGAUACAAAGUAUUUGGAUGGCGCCAUUUGCAAACCGAAAUUGGACGCUCCAUUUGGUGCAAAUCAUUUGAUGUGUUACACUUUAGAUGGAAGCAUGGGAACUCCCUCUACGUUUGGAGGACCAAUGAUUUCUAAAAUGAAUAACAAACUCGUGGGUAUGACCAUAAUUGGUUUGCCUGAUAAGCCAGUUAUUUUCCAACCAAUUGCACCGUUGCUUGAUUGGAUCCGGAAGCCAAGGAGCGUGCGACUUACACCUAAGGAAGCUAAAUUUAUAGCUGAUAUAACGGUACCGGGAAAAUUUCUUAGCUUUUUCAAAGAAAAUUUUGCCGAUGCCGAUGAAGAUGAAGCAAUAGAAUUUAAUGCAAUCAUUCUAUCGAAAACGGAGAUUUUGACAUGUGCGCAUAGUGUGCAUGGAGCCCCAUAUGUCUAUGUGACAGUUAAUAAACUAUCAAGAAAUGCGAAACAAAUCAAAGUCACUAAAGAUCAGAUAGAAAUUCAUCAGAAAUACGCAUUGUUGGGAUUCGCAUUUGACAUUGCCAAGAUUACACUUGAAGAACCGUUGGAGUUCAAUGAUAACGUCGGCAGCAUCGAUUUGGUGGACAAAGAUUAUAAAUUGAAUGACCCGUCCCAAAUGGUCACUGUUUAUGGUGAUGUGGUAUUUGAUGGAACCAUACAAACAAGACGUUAUGAUACAAAGUAUUUGGAUGGCGCCAAAUGCAAAUCGAAAUUGGACGCUGCGUUUGAUGCAAAUCAUUUGAUGUGUUACACUUUAGAUGGAAGCAUGAGAAAUUAUUGUGAAUAUGGAUCGUUCAUCAAAUCAAAAGUUAUGUUCAAAUUCCAAUGGUUUUAA